AUGGAUUUCAUUGAUGGAUUACCUAAGUCAAAGGAUAUGAGCGAGAGUGUUUAUGGAAGUCACAUACAGACUUCAUGGUCUACCAGAUUCCAUUGUACUACUCACAAUACAAGGAGUCCAGUUACACCAUCAUCUUACCACCCACAAACUAAUGGGCACACUAAGGGUCUAAAUAGAUGCCUAGAGACAUAUUUGAGAUGCUUUUGCUCUGAGGAAGCUACUGACUGGCAUUCUUAUCUAUACAUGGCUGAGUAUUGGUACAAUACUUUCUUUCAUUCAGCCAUAAAAACCACCCCUUGUGAGGCCCUCUAUGGAAGACCACCACCCCAGCACUUGCCUUAUCUACCAGGUGAAUCAACUUCAGCUGAUGUAGACAACACUCUGAUCAACAGAGAAUUGAAGUUGCAACUGUCACAAGCAUCGCGAACGAGGAAGAAUGAUCGCGUUCGCGAAGACGAAAAAGUGAAGGCUGCCAAGAUGUGGUUCAUGAAUGCAACUGGUCGCUUGCGAAUGCGGAGAGGAAAAUAA